AUGGUCGGCAUCCGGCGGCACUAUCGCCGCGCUACCGCAACGCGCAACCCGCAUCGCCGUUGCCUUCCUCCCUCGCGGCGGUCGGCGGACCCGCCCCUCACUCUUCGGCCCGACCGAGCCAUCCCUGAACUACGUCGUGUUCAACGAACCCGCCGCGUCCCGCCAGUCCGCGUAUUUCAUGGCGCACGACGACGAGGACCGAGGCGCCGCCAGGUGCAGACGGACCAGCGAGCCGGCCUGACUACGGCAAGGCGGUGCGUGGUGGCACCGGAGGUGAGGGAUCGGGCGCCGUGUGGUGGUGGUGACCCGGCGCCCGGCGACCACCUGCUGCUGUGGGCGUUCAAGAACAAGGCGGACUACUGCCGCGUGCACAGCCUCGAUGUGUUCUACAACGCGGCAUUCCUAGACGCCGAGAUGUCCGGGUUCUGGGCGAAGCUGCCGCUGCUGCGGGCGCUGAUGCUGGUGCACCCGGAGGUGGAGCUCCUCUGGUGGGUGGACCAAGUUCACAAGAACAGAGCUCCAGGACCAUCACAAGACGUUUGGCAUAACAUAUACAAUGCUCAUCAUCAGUUCAAGCACAAAUGCAUUGACGAAAUAUUAUCAGAUCAAUCAGCACGCUAUCUCCAGCUAAAACUUGGUGUGGACUCCGACGCCGUGUUCACGGACAUGGCGUUCGAGCCGCCGUGGGAGAGGUACGAGCGCCACAACCUGGUCCUCCACGGCUGGCCCGCCAAGGUAUUCGAGGAGAGGAGCUGGGUCGGCAUCAACACCGGCAGCUUCCUCAUCCGCAACUGCCAGUGGUCGCUCGACCUCCUCGGCGCGUGGGCGCCCAUGGGGUCACGUGGCCCCGUCCGCGACAGCUACGGCGAGCUCUUCGCCCGGGAGCUCUCCGGGCGCCCGCCGUUCGAGGCGGACGAUCAGUCGGCGCUUGUUUACCUGCUCCUCACGCAGCGUAGCAGGUGGGGGGACAAGACGUUCAUCGAGAGCACCUACGAGCUCAACGGCUUCUGGGAAGGGAUAGUGGACAGGUACGAUGAGCUGCGGCGGAAGGGGCGGCCCGCCGGGGGCCUCGGCGACGACCGGUGGCCGUUCGUCACGCACUUCGUCGGGUGCAAGCCGUGCCGCCGGUACGCGGACAGCUACCCGGCGGACCGGUGCCGGCGCGGCAUGGAGCGCGCAUUCAACUUCGCCGAUGAUCAGAUACUGAGGCUGUACGGGUUCGAGCACGAGUCUUUCAACACCACCGCCGUGCAGCGCGGAGGAAACGAGACCAGCGGCGCGCUGGACGCGGACGACGAGGAGCUCGGCCGGCUAUUGCACCCCACGUUCAGGGCUGCCAGGCCCACACAGACAUUUUUCUUUUCUCCUGAGUUACUAAUUUUUAACUAA